UCGGCACAGGGUAAGCGCGCUUGGUUGCAACGGCCAAGGUCUGCCCCACACCCAUGCAAUCACUCGAACCCUUCCUCGCCUCAACCCUCCGAUAUGUUGUGCUGCUUAGCCCAUCUUUCUCUGCUCUGUCUUCGCUCACUUACUCACUGCACCGUCUCUCCCAUGCAUUAACUCUACUUCAAAAAUGGACGAUCAAACAAAAGCUAUGUGUGGUCGAGCGCCUGCAACACACAAACUGUUGGCCAGCAUAUAGUGAACAGGGCGUAGACGCACGGUGCCGUCAAGGCGCGAAGAGGCCCCAAGGCUGAGCAUUGAGCGCAGCAACAACUACAUUCGAACAUUAUCACACCGGCUGUGAAAAGGGAAGACCUAGCGAGGUUGCUGGACAACAUCAUCACAUUCUUCCCAACAACUCCCGCAACAAUGGUGGGCAUCAAUUGCUUCCGUUCUGCGCGAAGCACAAACGAGCACGAUCUCGAGGCACCUCGUCCGCGGCCUAGACCGACCCCUGUCGCUAAGUCGUUGACUAAAAGCAGCCGCCUCAUUCGACGACAUGGUAGCUCAGACUCUCGGUCCAGCACUUGCUCCAAUGAAAGCAUAUCGAAGCUGCCUCCGUGCAGCGGAGUGUGCGAUCCCAAAAUUGAUGCUAUGAUGAUGCCGGUACCGGCCGAGUCGGGCAGAGGGAGCUGUCUGCGACUCAGUCAGCCGAAGACGUACAGCAACAUUGUCGACUCGAUGAAGGCCUGCAAAGGAUGUCGUGACUGGAGGAACUUUGCAGUCUUUCACAAUGACGAGGUUGACAUGGCCUUGAGUGCUGUGGAGGUUGCGCAGAGACAGGCGGCGAACUAUGAGCGGAAGCUCAGACAAUUCAGCAGUUCUUCGUUGGAAGGCACCGGCAGUCAGUCGUUAGAGGCUGAUUUGGUCUGCUAGUUGCUUCGCGUACUUUUACGAAAGAUGAAGCACGGGGUUGUGUGGGAAACGUCCUAUGCGGGCUGUUGGUGACUUACGUUUUAAACUCACCUUUACUUCACGAUGCUACGACUUCGCAGUCUACCGGCCACCAUGGACAUGCUGGUGGAGACUCAUGUUGACUCUUCCUCACACAAUCUCCAGCAACGC